CAAGAUGGCGGACGUGGAGCAACAAUUUGAGGCUGCUGUAAAUGUGAUUCGUUCGAUGCCAAAAAAAGGCACUUAUCAGCCAUCUUAUGAGACGAUGCUAAAGUUUUAUGGCUACUACAAACAAGCUAAAGAGGGGCCAUGCAAUGAAUCAGAACCUGGUUUUUGGAAUGUUGUUAAAAAAGCCAAAUGGGAUGCAUGGUCAUCUCUUGGUAAUAUAUCUAAAGUACAGGCAAUGGAAAGUUACAUUGACGAACUUAAAAAGGUUAUGGAAACAAUGCCAGAUACUGAAGAAAUGGCUGACUUUAGUGCUAUACUUAAAUCUUUUUAUGAUAUUGUGUAUGCGCCGACUGGGGAAGAGCCUCCUUACAUUCUUCGUAUCUUUAAGAAAUUGGAACCAGAGGGUUWUAAAGUGGAAAAAUGUAAUGGAUAUACAGUGGAGAAAAUAGCUACAGAUCAGCAAGAUGGAGACAAAAGGGAAGAUAUACCACAAGAAGAUUUGCAAAGCUCAGAUAUUCAUUUAAAUGGACCACAUUCAAAUGGGCAUAAUAACACAGAAAAUGGUUUACUUCAUCAUGAAAAUGACGACUUAGUUAUUAUAGACAGCAYGGAAAAAAGUUCAUUUUUAAAUGGUUCCAGUAUUACACAACAAGAUACCCCUUAUUCACAUGAUUUAAAAGUAGAACACUCAACAGCCAGUAAUUUAUACAUUGUUGAAGUGGGUUCACAAAAGAAAGGUUUACCAGAUGAAGURAGAUUCUCUGAUGUUCCUAAUAAUCAAGAUAUAGCUUCACGUCUGAUACCUGAUUAUAAUGGAGUAGAAGACAGUAACCAUAUGGGUUCAGAAAGUGAUGACAGUGACGAAGAAUUCUGUGACUCUAUMGACCCUGAACAUUUGUCAAUAAUCAAGACAGAAUCUAGUGAGUUGAAUGAUGCACCUGAUGGUUCACAAACUCACUUCCAUAMUGAGCCUACAAAUGGUUCUUGUGAUCAUGACCAAUCAGAUUGUGAAUCAAAUGAUGAUGGCAAUGAAGUCUCAAAUCAUCAAAGACUAACAAGCACUCCAUUUCAUAAGAAACCUGUUCAUGUUACAUUCAAUACGGAGGAAAAGAAAUCAAGUAUAAACAAAGAAGGGAGUGGUAUCAAUCAUCAUAAUGGAGGUAUCCUGAAGGUUAAGCAAGCAGGAAGUGGUUAUGGUGGUGGGGAUGCUAAACAAUCAUCUAGUAGACAGCGAAUGUAUGACAGGUUUUCCCAAUCAAGACAACAAGCAUCAAGAGCGCAAGAUGACAGAGGAAUAACYAGUAGUGAGAUGAGACAGGCUUCUGGUACAACAGGACACAGUGACAGUGACAGUGAUGACACUAACCACAACUGCGAAAGCUGUGAUUCCAGCGGUGAACGGGAUGAAAGCAAUGAAAGGAUUAUUGCUGCCUUAGAAAGAAUACAACAAGAUAUGAACAGAGUGUUAAGAAGACUUGAAACAAUGGAGGAUGUUAUGGCUUUAAGACAAGAACAACAUUCUGUUGGUAGAUUUCAGAGAAGAGAACAAGAACCCUGGUGGCAUCAAUUCCUACCCUCCAAGACAGUAGCCUUCCUUGUCCUGUGGCCAUUUGUUAUAAACCUAAUCUUCUAUUACAUCCGUAAAAGAAAGGCACGCAAGUGUUAGUGAACAACACAUCACAUCCUUAAAAAAUGGAUAGCUAUCAUGAUAAUUUUAAAAAUAUACAUUUUAUUUUAUUUUUGAUUUUUUAUGACUGUGUCAUUACAGUCGUAUUCAUUAUCCACCAAAUGUAAAUUAUGAAUAAGAUUAGUUACAAAUGUAAAAAAUAAAAAAUACAAUGAAAGUUACAGCUUACCAAGAAACAAUUCAAGAASCAUAUGAGAUUUGUGUUUUAUUGUCUUUCGUAAAAUGAAYUUUGAUCAGKACAGCUCCUUUGUUUUCACAAUUUGAUAGACAUCAGUAAAAACAUUCGUCAAUUCAAAUUUUGUCAUAAAAUUUCAUCAUAAACUGUUCAAUAAUACUCUUGCUGUAAUUGCAAAUACAAUUACUUGCUUGUUAUAGCUAAAUAAAUAUUCUAGUUUUGAGGUCUUGUUUAUACAGSGGUCAUAACCUUGGAAUCAUGUAAAAUGUCAUUUAUUCUGUAAAACCUUAAUAAAAUUUAAAAAACUCUA